AUAAAUCAUAAUUCUAACAAUGAUUACAAGUAAAGACCACCAAUGCAAUGCAGCAACUUCAAAUCAAUAUAGUUACAGGGAUGGCACUUUAGUAAAUUGGGGUCCAAAGCAAGACAGGCUCUAUCUAGAAAUAUGCUUGGUAUGACCAAUUCUGGUGGUGGUGGUGGUGAUGGUACCUACAAGCUUCUCACAAGCAACUUCGAGGAAGGAGGACAAUUUUCACUGACAGAAAAAGCCACAACUUAAAGGAAACAAUUGCCAGCAGAGAUAACCUGCUCAAACAACUUCAUUUUUUUAUCCGCACCUUUAAUUUGUUCUCAUCAGCACUCUUUCCUCGAACGUUUCUUCCCUUCUCCCCCCUUAGCUUUAUUCUCUUUUCAUCACAUAUAAAUACCCCCCAACCUAUUCCACUUCUGUUGUACCAAGCUGAUUUCCAUUUCAUCAAAUCAUAAAAAAACAAAUAGCUUCUUUUUACGUUUAAUAAAAAUGGCAGCUCAAAACAGUGUAGUGUUCGAAGAUUUUUUCCCUGCCAUGGUUGAGAAAUUGGGUGCUGAAGGUUUUAUGAAGGAGCUGUGUAACGGGUUUCAGUUGCUUGUGGAUGGAGACAAGGGAGUGAUCACUUUUGAGAGCUUGAAGAGGAACUCGGCAUUGCUUGGUUUGCAAGAUAUAAGUGAUGAGGAGGCGAUUUGCAUGUUGAGAGAAGGUGAUUUGGAUGGGGAUGGUGCUUUGAAUGAGAUGGAGUUUUGUACCCUCAUGCUUAGGUUGAGUCCUGAGUUGAUGAACACUUCAAGAAAAUUAUUGGUAGAAGCUAUUGUCAAUUUCUAGACCGUUUAUCACUAUGAAUUAAGAUUUUGUACCAUUAGAAGUACUUCAUUUCGCUUUUAUUUUCAUCAUUUUUGUCCCCAUCAUUCGCCUAUUAUAAGCAGUGUUUUCUGCAAUUUAGCAAGAGUCCUAGUAGUACACUUCAUUUUCUCCUAUGCGAAAUUAAGAGGCCCCGUAUAUUUAUCUUGCUUAAAACAUUGGACCAAUUUUGCGAUCACUGCACCCAACCAUUUUCCAAUAGGUAAUAAGAUGGAUCAAACUAGAUUGGCCCAAUUCCAAAAAUUUGUUUCCAAGCAACUUUUACUGAAACUGAAAGCGUUAUUCAGGUCCAAAGAUACUUGUCAUUACCUCUCCGAAAUUGUUGAUGAGAUGCUCAUAAUGUGGGCUAAACAAAAAUGUGGGUAACAAACUGGAGUUCUUAUUUCACUUUCCCAAAAAACAGCAGACAGCAACUGCACAGCAAUAGUUGUAUGCUUGAAUCUCAUUUAAAACGAACAGGAAAGUUUUCUGCUUAGUUAUCUGAUUGUCUGACAGUCUGAAGAAUAUUUUCGUCAUGUCCAUUUCCAUUUCUUGUGCUUAGAUUAGCCUAUCUUAUUAUUACUAGUAGAAAUUAGAAACCCAAGCUGGAAAAAGAAUAUUGUUGUCAAUCUGCUAAGGCACAAAAGACAGCAAACAGAGACAAACACCUAAUGAUAGUGUGUCUGUCCAAACCUUAUUUUAACUUUGACAUUUCUAGUUCCAGGGCAACAAUUUGAAUUGAAAAAAGCGUAGCAUAUAUUUAGCUAAUUGCUAACCAUUGCAGACUUGCAGUUCCAAAAGUACCUUAAUCAACGCUCAU